AUCAAGGCCCACAGAUGCUGAGCGCUGCGUCAUCACGCAGUGGGCGGAGCUGCGUGCCACCGCGGAAGCUACACCGUCAUCAGCCUGUCUUUCUCUCCUCAAGAGAAAACUGUGAUUCUUCUUCUUUUCUCUCCCUUUUUUCAGCCCACACGCUUCGUUUGGACCCUCGAGGCCUCGGCUCUGUCAUCCCGGUCAAAAUGCUCUCACAGAGGUUUCUGCUGCUGCGAUCGGCCGCGUCCUUCACGAGGAGGUCGUUCUGCACGGGAGGAGCGUUGAAGCAGGGCAAGCAGGGAAAGGCACCUGACAUGAUCGAGGGAAAUCCACAGUUUCAUGUGUCAAAUGUGCGAAACAGGCUGAGGGAAAUCGUGGGAGCUUCCACAAACUGGAGCGACCAUCAGCAGGCCAUGGCGGAGCGUGUCUCACUGUCAUCCAUGUUGGCCAAAUCUCAGAACGAACUUCCUGCCAAGAGGAUGAAGGACAGCUACCUGGAGGUGCACCUGCCCCUGGGCUCUGAGCCACAGCUCAGGGAGAAGUAUCUGACCCACCACAACACCGUCAGGUUUGGCAGAAUCCUGGAGGACUUGGACAGUUUAGCAGGUACACAGCAGAUUAGAUGGGCAGCGUUUGUAAAUCCACUGACGCCUGAAGGACCCGAGGAAGAACGACUCUUGCAGGAAGGCGAAGCUAACAAAUCCCGCCGCGUGGAGCUGAGCACUGCGUCGCUGCUGAAGGUCGCUCCCACACAAGAGGAGAGGACGGUCGUUCACGGCCUUUUCCUCAACACCCUGGACACCAACACAGUCAGUUUCCGCAGCAGAAUUCUGCCCCCAAACUCAGUGUGGAUGGAAGAUGCCAAACUGAAAGGACUGGAGAUCUGCCAUCCUCAGGAGAGGAACAUCUUUAACAGGAUAUUUGGAGGUUUUCUGAUGAGGAAAGCUUACGAGCUCGGCUGGGCCAACGCCUGCUCCUACGGGGGUUGUCGGCCGAGUCUGGUGGCUGUCGAUGAUAUCCUCUUCCAGAAACCUGUGGAGAUUGGAUCUUUGCUGAUGCUCUCAUCGCAGGUGUGUUACACUCAGGGGACGUACGUCCAGGUCAGAGUUCACAGCGAGGUGUUUGACCCGCUGACCCGACAGCACAACACCACCAACAUCUUCCACUUCACCUUCACUUCAGACCGCGACGUCCCCAACAUCAUGCCCAAGACUUAUGGAGAGUCGAUGCUGUACCUGGACGGAAAGAGACACUUUGACCAAACCGUGGCGUGCUGAGGCGUCGAACUGAAGCCUUUCAGCAUCCAGAUGCCGAGCUCCAAGUGUUUCCGUGUUGAUGAGAAUAAUGAAUGAAUUUUAGGUUCUGACAUGUUUUUAUAUAACGGUUUCUGAAUUUUAAACAGCCCACAGGCACUUUGUUUGAAUCUUGUUGCUUCAGUCGAUCUGGAGGUUUACAAAUUGAUGUGUUUGGCGCACUACAGCAGAUGCUUUUCCCCCCAUGUUUCUCUAUUUUAUACUCUUAUCAUUUUUCCCACUUGUCAGUGUUACAGCCUCUCAACUGUAGAAAACGAGGUAAACACUCCAGCCCUUCUCAUCAUAACCUCAUUCACUUCGACUCCUCGGUGUUACGAUACAGCAUGUUACGUUUUUAUAUCUCACUGUUGCUUACACGCACAAACAGCUUUUCUUUUUUACACUUUAUUAUGAUGCUGCUGCAAAAAGAACAAGGGUGUCAAUUCUCUGGCCUUAACUGGUGUAUUUACUCGAAUGCAAUAAAAAAGUUUUAUUUAUCUCGGUGUUACA